UUUUUUGCAUACGGAAGAAAAAAAAAAAAAAAAAGACAUUUCCCAGAAGGAAGUCUCAAAGUGUUGGAAACUUCCCAGCUUUGCAGCAUCGAUCGAGGACCUCCCGCCCACUUUACCUCUGAUCCCUGAGCACUGUGCGGAGGGGGAGAGUCGUGCAGCCGCUGCGGACGCUGGAUGCAUGGAGCAACAAAGGCUACAUGCCUAAACUCCUUUAGAUAAGAACCAAACUGUCCUUCUCUCCUAGCCUGCUGUUUCCUAAAAGACUCCCAUCACACUAAACCGGUCAAAUCUGCAGCCGCUUGGAUCUCAUUUUUCAUUUCGGCGGACCCCGGGCCAGGUUUCUACUUAGAGCAAACUCUAGCCUGCCUGCCAAGAAAUCGUCGCAGACGUGAAAUUGGAUGCUUUGGCACGGAGACGCGCAACACCGAUCCUCUAGUUUUGCGAAAGUCUCCUACUGCUCAGUGAGGGAGAUUGACUAGUUUUGGACCAAAGUGGGAUUUGCACAAGUUGCAUGCUUGGUCUUUGUCGUCUCGAUUGAGCCCCCCCCCACCAGUUCAUCCACCCUUCAGGUUAUCAAACGAGAUCCCGCGGAUAGUUGAGGUGCCAUGGCGAUGUGUGUGGGGAUGUGGAUACUCCUGCUAGCGCUGCACGUCCAAGCUGGCAGCGGGCAGAUGGUACAGAUGGACUCCACUAAGUCCGGCUUUGUGGGCUCACAAGUGGAACUGCGCUGCAUUUUCGUCAACAGUAACCCGCCGGUCAAGAUCUCUCAAGUCACCUGGCAGAAGGUCCUCAACGGUAGCAAACAGAACGUGGCCAUAGCCAACCCGGCCCUGGGCGUGUCCGUCCUGCCGCCCUUUAAGGAGCGAGUCACCUUCAAGCAGGCCGCAGUUCGCCACCGCACGCCCUCACUGGAGGACACCACCAUCAUGUUCUCUGAGCUCCAGCUGUCUGACGAAGCGGCCUACAUCUGCGAGUAUACCACAUUUCCUGCGGGAAACCGGGAAAACACGGUCAACCUCACUGUAUUUGCUCGGCCUAUGACACGCAUGACUCUGACAACGCCCACAAUUGUGGCCAGGGCCAGCAAACGCAAGAUGACCGUCGCCACUUGCGUGUCAGCCAACGGGAAGCCGCCGAGCGUGAUCAAAUGGGAGACCAGCUUGAAGGGCGAAGCCACGUUCCAGGAGACUCGCAACCAAAACGGGACGGUGACGGUACGGAGCAACUACGUGGUGGUGCCGAGCCGCGAGACCCACAAAAAGAAGCUGACGUGUAUCGUGACGUACCGAGGCGAAAGGAUCACAGACAGCGUGGUGCUCAACGUGCAGUACGAACCCGAGGUGAAGAUCGAGGACUUUGAUGGAAACUGGUUCCUGAACCGUCAGAAUGUUCAGCUGACCUGCAGGGCUGACGCCAAUCCCCCUGUCACCAUCUACCAGUGGAAACUCUUGAACGGCUCCCUGCCUAGCAAUGUGGAGAUCAAGAACAACACCCUGUUCUUCAAGGGGCCGGUGACCUACGACCUGGCCGGCACGUACGUCUGUGACGCCACCAACAGCAUCGGGACUCGCACUGGCAUCGUGGACGUCAACAUCACAGAAUUCCCUAACAACAACAUGUCACACGGGGACGAGAUCACGGAGGAGGCGCACAAUGCAGGCGCCGCCAUCGGGGGCGCCGUGGGGGGAGUGGCCCUGUUGGGCGUGGCGGCCCUACUGCUCUUCGUAUUCCUGCGCCGCCGCCAGCGCACCUUCAAAGGAGACUACAGCACCAAGAAACACGUGUUCGGUAACGGGUACAGCAAGGCCGGCGGCCUGCCCGCCCACCCCCCCAUCCCCAAGAACCUCCAGUACCCGGACGACUCGGACGACGAGAAGAAACCCGCCCAGAUCGGCGGGCCCGGGGGGUUUGAGGCGAGCGAGCGCGAUUUUGACGGCGAGCAGGAGGACCUGAAGAGGCCCUAUUUCACCGUGGACGAAGGAGAGAGCCGAGAUUAUGACGAGCGGACUCUGGCCUUCCAGUAUGACCCUGAACCUGAGAUAGCCGACGAUAUGGUCUCUCAAACCGAUGGCUCUGUCAUUUCUAAGAAAGAGUGGUAUGUGUAGUGGCAUGCAACCGCCAAGCCAAACCCUUUGUCCCCACCAACCUGCAUUCCACUGCACCCUUCACCUCCAUCACGACCCCGCCCUCCCAUUCGUCACACUGCAACCCUUUCA